GAAAAGUUCGAUCUAUGCUUUUGUAUUAGUACGUUCACAUAAAAAGUUUUGGAGGCGAAACCAAGCAAAAUGUUCGUCAACUCUCAUUUUUUACGGCCUUGACAAGCAACAGUAGCAAUUUUUAUUAGAGAGAAAUAUUGAAAGCAAAGCGUUCAUUGUGGAAAGUUGUAUGUGAAUGGGCGUUUAUCUACUGCGCUAUUCACCUUUUCGUCUUUAAUACAAAUUCCAUUUAAAUUUUGAGUUGGGCUGAUAUUUAGGAUAACGUGAAUACCUAAUUUUUCCUUCCCAUUAAUCAUCUUAAGAGCGACAAAAAACCUUUGAGAGCGAAGAAGUAGUAUUUUAUGGCGGAAACAGAUAACAGUCUGGUCUAGAUAGCCGAAACGAACCUGAACUUGCACCCUAUUAAUUAGAGUCAACCCGGCAGCUGUAUAGAGAAUGUUUUCUGCCACUCUAUUAUAACCACAAUUAAUAGUGUAGUAUUCUUGCGAGGAAUGCAUUCGCAUAAUAAAUUGGUUGGAAUCUUUGUGAAUGUACCUGAUGACCUAAAAAGAAGAAAAAAGUGCACUACAACGGCCGAGAUAGUUGUGUCUUAUAUGAUCAUUGUGACUGAUAAGUGCCCCCAAUUGAGCGGUAAAAUAAAUUACUGUUUUCGCUAUAACAAUAAAUGAAAUUUUGCUACAAUGAGUGGAAAAGAGGUAUUAACAAAAGCCUUAGCAAAGAAAUUAUCUGAAAAGGUCCGAGUUGUACAAGCUGUUAAAGUUCAGGACAUUGAAGAUGCUGUUAAAUCACCUUUUUUCUCACCCGUUCAAACCCGAAACCAACGUAAGGCCACCAAGACGCAACUUAAAAGUUUUGAAAUGCCAGUCAAAACGGAAGAUUCAACUUCCAGCGCAGCGAUCAGAAAACCUAUUAAAGUGAAUGCUUUAACUAAUAAUAUUCAACUUCAAAGCGGUAAAAUUAAGAAGCAUGUUGGUGUGAGUAAAGAGAAAAAGCAAUUGGAUUUGGCCGAAGCUAAUGUUAAAACAGACAGUCAUGAAAAAUGGGAACCACAAAAUUGGCGUCUUAUUUUGGAGAAUAUUAGAACAAUGCGUUCUAGCGCUGAAGCCCCAGUAGACACAAUGGGAUGUCACAAAUGUUCCGAUGAUGAGGCAGAUGAGAAGACACAACGCUUCCAAAAGCUUGUUGCCCUUAUGCUAUCAAGUCAAACGAGGGAUGAAAUUACUUAUGAAGUAAUGCAGCGACUAAAAAGUAGUGGUUUAACACCACAAGCUAUUAUAGACAUAGAAACAGGAAAACUUGAAGACCUUUUAAAACCAGUUUCAUUCUAUAAAAACAAAGCUAAAUAUUUGCAACUAGCGUCGAUAAUCCUGGUGGAUAAAUACGACAGUGACAUUCCUGGUACUAUUAAAGAGCUCCAAGCUUUGCCCGGUGUAGGACCAAAGAUGGCGCAUCUAUGCAUGGCAACGGCAUGGAAUCAAGUAACCGGUAUUGGAGUUGACGUGCAUGUACAUCGUAUAGCAAAUCGCCUUAAGUGGUUACCUAAACCUACAAAAGAACCUGAUCAGACCCGAUUGGAUCUUGAAUCGUGGCUUCCCCGAGAUAUGUGGCAAGAUGUAAAUCAUUUGCUAGUUGGUUUUGGUCAAACCGUAUGUAAAGCUCUGCGGCCGUGUUGUUCGAAAUGCUUAAACCGUGAAAUAUGUCCUGCAUCUACUUAUAACAGUACAACUAAGACAAAAAUUAAAGCGGACUCUCCAAAUAUUGCGACUAAAAUAUCAAAAUUGGAAAAUCUGUAAAUAUUUUAUAAUAAGUGAAAGAAUGAAAAGUGAGCUUAAGAUCUCUAAGAAACAGAUGUAUUGUUUGGGAUAACAUUGUAUUAUAUACUGUAUUAACUAUUAAUUGGUAAUUAUAUACAUUGAUACUUCAAUUGUGUUUGUGAUUUUUCAAAUACAUGUGCGUGUGCCAUUAAUAAAAAUAGAAUUUCAACAAUUUGCUGUUACUAUAAA